CGCCUUUCCAGGAGGCCGAUGAGAGUCGACAGCACUGGCUGCAAGGGAAGCAUGCGGUAUGGGAAUGGGUGCGUCAGGGGCAGGAGGUGGGAGUGCGAGGAAAGGGGCAGUACAAGUUGCGUUGCACGUUGUGCAACCACAUAUGGGUUGGGGGACGAAGGCAGAGGACCACUUCACCCGCCCGGCUGCGCAUUGCAGAUUUCGUACAGGAGAAAUUUUGUACAAGUUAAUGAGAGACGGGGUCUCCAUCACGGACCCAGUGGGGAGGGCUAUGGCAGAGAGGCACAUGGAUGUCCGCGAGGAGGAGUUGGAGAUGGAGGACCUACGGAGGGCCGAUGACGCGGCCACCCCUGCUGCACGCAUGGCAAAUGACCGGGCUGCUGACCACGGAGACGAGUCGGGAGGCCGAGGGGCGGAUCCCCCCAUGACGGAUGAGGGACGGGUUGGUGAUGUGCGCGUAGAGGACGAGCUCACUAUGCUGAGAGAGAGGAUACGAGUCCUCGAGGCGGGGCGACAGCCGACCCGCGCGGAUGGCACUUUACGACAGUGUUCGAGGCGGGGAGUGGACAUGGCGUGGCUCUCGACGGAGGGCACAUCUGGCCCAUCGGGCGUCAUCGUGCCCCAUGAUCGUCGAAUGCUGCAGACGAGGUUGGAUAAUUGGGCCAGUGGGGGUUUGCAGCAGCAGUACGAGAGGUUGUGGGCGAGAGCGUUGUUCAGGGUUGGGGUACAUUUCUCGUUCAUGCGCCUCGAGACCACGCAGGAGCUGCAUGACUUUAUGGUGUCAUUGAUGCGGGUGACGAUUGGACCAGCUUUGGUCCUACCCUCAUACACAGACAUGCGCACACGGCUCCUAGAUGAGAUCUACCACGAGAUUGCGAAAAAAGUUGCGCCGAAGAAGGCGAAAUGGAAGCUCACAGGGUGUACCAUGAUGACAGACGGGGCUACAACGAGGUCGUACAAGCCCGUCGUCAACUUCAUUGCAGCAGGCGAGGACGGGCCAGUCUUGAUCACCACCAUCGAUAUGUCGGAGAGGGACAAGACUAGUGUGGCACUCGCAGAUUUGUGGGAGGACGUCAUCCGAGAUAUUGGCGUUGACGUUGUCAAUGCGUAUUGCACUGACAAUGCUUACGCCAAUAAGGUGGCUGCGCAGCGGUUGCAGGACCAUCCCGACAGCGCCAUCUCUCGGAUCCCUUGGCUCCCCUGUGCGGCCCAUUGCUUGAGUCUCCUCCUUCGAGACAUCACGUGCUUCCAGUGGGUGCGCCCUAUUUUGAAGAACACACACAAGGUUGUGAUGUUCUUCAAGAACAUUCAGAAGGCCCUCAUGUAUCAUCGCUCCUUUAAGGGCCGAGGGCAGCUAGAGCUGAUCCGACCAUGUGACACACAGUUCGGGUCACCAUUCCAGAUGGUGGAGCGCCUUACCGAUCAGGAGCGCAUAUUGAGGGUGUUGUGGGCAGUGUGAGAUGGCGCUCCACCCCGUGGAAGGGGAAGGCAGCCCAGGAUGAGCGCCCCGAUCGA